AUGUUGGCCGUCGGAGGCUGCUCAGGGGAGCUGUGCCCUGUCCCGACGGGCUCGCUGCCCUACGGGACGGCACCGGCAGGCACCGCCUUCAUGCUCGCUGCCUUCGCCGCCCUGAUCCCUCCCGUCGUAUACGCAGGGCUUCGGUACAAGACUCCAGUGCACGCUUCGUUGCUGCUCGCGGCCCUUCUCGUUGAAGUCGUCGGCCAUGUCGCCAGGGUCUUUCUGGUCGCAAAUCCGACAAGCCAUGCUUACUCGGCCGUACACCUCCUUGGGACGCACUGGGGCGCCGUGCUCGUCGGAUCUGCCGUGAACCAGGUUCUUCCGCAUGUCUUGGUCAUCUAUGGCCAGGAGUUCCAGCUCGUGUCGGAUCCUGUGUACCUGACGAUACUCUUCUUCAUACUCGACAUUUUUAUGCUGGCGUUUCAGUCCGUCGGGAUCGGGUUUGCUGCUACUGCCAGCACGGCUAUCGAGGUCUCUCAAGGGCUCAAUAUUCUCCUCACGGGCCUUGCCUUCCAAGCCGUCAGCCUUCUGACCUUCUUGGGUACAUAUCGCUACUUUCGAUACAAACUCUCGCAUCGCCGUUAUAUCCUUGACGACACACACUCGCUCGUCUAUCUCUCGCGGCGUUUCAAGUAUUUCAUAGUUUGCCUUCAGAUAGUUGCGCUCCUCCUUUUGGCGCGUACAGCGGUACGGGUAGCCAUUUUCGCCGAAGGCUUGGCCAGCAGCUUCGCCCGUUCACAGCUCACCUCUCUCCUCCUCGACGAUACCCUCGUCCUCAUCGCAGCCCUUCUCCUAGCAGUCUGCCCAGCCGGCCGGUCGUUUGGCGUUGCCUGGGCAGCAACGUCCCCCGUGGCCUCCUCCUCCUCAGAUCGGCCACCAGGCGCGCUGCUUCCCUUACGCCUACGACGCCAUCACCGCCGCAAUCGACGCUCUCACAUCAAUCAACACAUCGUCUCCCUGCCAUUCCCGUCCCCUUCUUCCACAUCGCCACGAUUCAGCCCGGGGUUCACGCCAAAGGCUGGGAUGACACCAGGGCUGCCCGCACACCCGUCGCCUCAUUACGCUCCUACGCUUGUGACGCCGCCGCUCAUAUCGCCGCCGCUGAUCUCGCCGAGGAACAAUCCCGUUCAUCAACGACCUCCCUUUGAUCAUGCGUCGCCUACGCAGGCGGCGCCGUUUCUUGCCCCGCAAGAGAGCCCGGGGCUUGACUCGGCCUUGUGGAUGACACCCGGGCCGACGCCUGGGGAGCAUGGGAGGAAGAGGCGGAUGUGGGUUGGUCAGGACGGGGUUCAGAUGGUGGAUAGUGAGGCGUUGUGGUGA